UUUGUUAUUUUCCUUUCUUCUAUUUUGGUUCGUGCUGAGAGCGUCUCUGUCGCUGUCCAUUUAAGCACCUUGGAGAACUCCCAUCUGGAAGAGCGCGUCCGUAGAAGAGCGCGGUGGAAGUGGGAUUGUGCGUAGGCUACGUCAUGUCCACGGAAAACGACUGACGAUCGAAAAAAAGAGCUCUCAUCUAUUGUAAAUACUGAAUGACUCGCCGAGCUGACUAUGGAUGCUUGUUCCUUGAUUGACUUUAAUAGUAUCGGGGCUACAGUCUAUCUGUCUAACUAAGAAUUCAUUGACGCGUUCUCCAAAUUCCAAUCGUGUUCCAAACGAGAGGGAUCUGAACGAUAGCCCAUUCUUAUACAUUGGCCUGGUAAGACGAUAACAAAAAUGUGUCUUUGUCGUUGAGCAUAACAGACAAAGUAAAACCAGUGUAUUUAGUUUCUACCGUUCAGGAUCAAAACAAAACAUUAUGCCAUUCCAUGUUAGUUGCUGAUGGUCGUAUAUUUUAUUUAAUGACAUGUUAAAAGCUGAUAAUGUUUCACUGUAGAUUGUAUCUCGUUUGAUUGGUCCAGGCAGAUGCCAGUCAAGCCUCUUUGUGCCUGCAUGGAUCCGGUUGUAGGCUUAACACAGCAGCAUGGGCAGCGCGCAUUCCAACCGGCCUAAAUAUAUCUGGUAGGGACGCAGUGGGGGAAGGAGAGGGCGACAGGGCUUAGCUUUGGAUAUUUAGGCUUCGUGGUUAAAACGAGAAAUUGACCUUCUGAAACGUAGUACAGUAACUUUUUUCACCAAGGAGGCGAAGUGGGACCAACCCAAAAUGCCCGCAAUUCCGAGUUCUAGGUCCAGGACGCGGGAUCGGAACAACGUCCUGAGCAGACCCGAGUUCAUGUCCCUGAACCAGCCCCUUUGGAGCGGCAACUCGGAGAGCCAGGGAAACUCAAGGCGACCUGGUCAACCCAAACACCAAGCAAACCUGCCGUGCGACCCGCAGGAAACUACUGACAAUGCCAACAAGGAUCGGAAAGAGCCCACGAAACUGCCAGAGGAGGACUGUAUCCAGCUGAACCCUUCCUUCAAGGGGAUAGCGAUGAGCUCCCUCCUCGCCAUUGACAUUUGUCUGUCCAAGCGCCUGGGGGUCUGCGCCUAUACGUCGUCGUCUUGGGGCACGGCUCGUUCCAUGGUCACCCUACUUGCGUUCACGGGGCACGGCAUCACGUGGAUCAUUGGCACUAUCGUGUGUUUGACAAGGAGUAAUACGCUGGCGGAACAAGAGGUCUUGGUCAAUCUAUUACUUGCCCUCCUGCUUGACGUCAUGACAGUGGCCGGAGUCCAGAAGCUGAUCAAACGCAAAGGACCCUGGGAGAUGAGUCCGGGAUUCCUGGACUACUGUGUCAUGGAUGUGUACUCCUUCCCAGCGGCCCACGCCAGCCGCGCCGCCAUGGUGUCCAAGUUCUUGCUUUACCACCUGGUCCUGGCCAUCCCUCUUCGCAUCCUGCUGGUGCUCUGGGCCUUCCUGGUGGGCAUGUCCCGGGUGCUGUUGGGUAGACACCACCUGACCGACAUGGUGUGCGGCUUCGCCCUGGGCCUUCUGCACGUCAGCCUGGUGGAGACAGUAUGGCUGUCGUCCAGCACCUGUCAAACCCUCAUCUCUAUAGGGACCCUCAGCUGGAGCUCCUUCUACUGAACACAGGGCCAGGAGUUCUUCCUGAUGUGAUCUGAGUUUUCCCUGAUCAAGGCCUACUGUCAAAGGCUGCAUUAGACCUACGUAUAGGCUUUAUCUUGAUUUCCUUUCAAUUAUGUUGUUUGUAUUUUUCUGCUGGAAAUCAUUUGUUUAAACUACACAUUUUUGAGAAACAGGUGGACUGGACUCCAAAUGUGAAUAGAUUUUUGCUGUCUUUGAAUUGUGCUGUAUGUGUUAAACAAAAACAUGAUUUUUGUCUUGAAGAUCAGGGAUUUUGCUACAAGGUUAAAUAUUUACCCUAUCCAAAUAAGUUUCAAAAGAUAGUUUUGAUUAGAUUAAAGGAAGUGGUUUCAUCAUAGAUCUGUAUGUUGUAUAUUCCACAUUGUUUGCCUUCUCUAUUGCAAUCUAAGCAUUAACCAAGCAGAUAGACACAGUUUAUGGUGCUGAUUUCAUGCCUCACUGAGUAACUGAAAAACGUCUGUGUGAAGUCAACUACAGUACAUCAGGCUUGGGGUUACCAUUGAUCCUGUGACAUAUGUGUGUGUAUAUGGGUGAUUGUGUGUGUGCAUAUGUGUUACGCUCGUCGUUGGAAGGAGUAGAUCAAGGUGCAGCGUGGUAGGCGUACAUCUUUCUUUUAUUGAUGACACUGAAAAAACAACAAAUACUAAACGAAACGCACAAUUCUGCAGGGCUGGAAAGCAACAGUACAAAAACAAGAUCCCACAAACUAAGGUGGAAAAAAGGCUGCCUAAGUAUGAUCCCCAAUCAGAGACAACGAUAGACAGCUGCCUCUGAUU